AUGAGCUCGUUUCGAGAUAAAUUCCAUCGCUUGGACCGCGGAAGUGAGAGGGAGCGUGAGAGGGAACGGAGUCCUCGCGACCGAGAUAGAGAUAGAGAUAGAGAUAGAGAUUACGACCGAGAGAGGGACAGGGACAGGGAGAGAGAUCGCCGUGAACGAUUCGACCAGAGACCACCAUUCACUCGCAAAGAUUCAGGAUUUUCCGAUCGUGAUAACAGGGCAAAGGACGAUCGUCCUCUACCAUCCCGUCGUCAAGAUGGUGGUAUUCGAUUAUCUACUUCUUCCCUCGCCGGACAUCAGAGUGCAGCGUCAAGCCCAAGAGACCAGACGGUCCCAAACAAAGGCCAUUCAGCAGCCACCUCCUCUCCGAUUACAAAACAAUCCUCCACGCCGAACCAACCCCAGACCAAGGAUAGAGAUACCGCUGAAGUUCUCAACUUAAUAUCCGAACGAGCAGCAGCCUACAAGCAGUACCACGAUCUUCUCACUAGGGAAAAGAAGUGUCGUGAAUCACUCGAAACUGUGGCUCGCUCAGAGUUCACAUCCGAAUUCAACUUGUUAAAGCAGUCAUUGAGUCAAUCUAAGGACGCCAGGUUGAAAUAUCAACGCAGACUGGAGGAGUUGGACCAGAAGUUCCCUGCCCUCCUUAUGACCAUAAUUGAUAGGUCCCGGAAAGCCACUCCUGCACCUACUUCCACUGCUCCGCCCGCCUCCACAUCUGCAGAGCCGUCUACGACUACAGCUACGCCUACGCCAACACCGGCGACGACGCCGACGACAGCAAACAUAACUCACCUUGAAACUCGGCUCAGUCUAUUACCAAAGUCGAUUGAGUUUUCUAUAACGAAGAAGAUGGACGACAAGGUUGAUGCCUUAGCAAAAAGGAUGGAUGAAAAGAUCGACGCGAUAAAUUCGGAAAAGUCAACGCUGGCCCGUCGCCUAGACGAGGAGACUUCCAAGAAUAAGGCGCUAGAGGAGAAGCUGCGCGAUGUCUCAGAGCAGCUGGAUCAAUCCAAUAAAGCCAACUCGGAGCUUGCCUCUGAGUUUGGUCGUUUCAAAGAGGAACUUAGAAUCCCUGAACUUGAUGAACUUCGGCACACCUUUAAGAAGCAAGACCAACGCAUGCUCACGAUAGAAUCAAAGCUAGAAAAGGGGGGGAAGGCUGCAGGUCCAGGAUACCAGGAAUUACUCAAAAUGCAGUCCCAACAGUCGGAAGACCGGAUUAAGAGGAUCGAGACACUAGAUCGUCGGAUCGAGACACAAGAUCUUCGAAUCGAGGCACAGGAUCGUCGAAUCACAGAAUUGAAAUCUAAGCAGGAUCAAAACCAGAAUUGGACGAGACAGAAGAUCGAAAAUAAUGAGGCUCGCAUCAGCCAGUUGAAAGCACAGCAAGAGACUGGUCAAUCGUGGGCAAAUCAGAAGAUCGAUGAUCAAGGGACUCGCAUUGGCAAGUUGAAAGCACAGCAGGAGACUGGUCAAUCAUGGGCCAAACAGAAGAUCGAGGAUCAAGAGACUCACAUUGACCAAUUGAAAGCACAACAAGAGACUGGUCAAUCGUGGGUAAAGCAGAAGAUCAAAACGCAAGAGACUCGCUUCGAUGAGUUGAAAACACAACAGGAGACCGGCCGAUCAUGGGUGAAACAAAAGAUCGAUGAUCAAGAGACUUGCUUCAACGAGUUGAAAACACAACAGGAGAUCGGCCAAUCAUGGGCGAAACAGAUGAUCGAAACGCAAGAGACUAGCUUCGAUGAGUUGAAAACACAGCAGGAGACUAGUCAAUCGUGGGCGAAGCAGAUGAUCGAAAUGCAAGAGACUCGCUUCGACGAGUUGAAAACACAGCAGGAGACUGGCCAGUUUUGGGCGAAGGAGAAACUUCAAGGGCAAGAGACUCUCUUCGACGAGUUGAAGAUACAACAGGAGACUAGCCAAUCAUGGGCGAAGGAGAAAUUUCAAGGGCAAGAGACUCUCUUAGACGAGUUGAAGAUACAACAGGAGACUGGCCAAUCAUGGGCGAAGGAGAGAUUUCAAGGGCAAGAGUCUCUCAUUAACGGGUUGAAAGCACGACAAGAAACGGCCGAAUCACAGAUCAACGAUAACCAACAGCAGCUGACCAAGCUCGAGGCAGAGGUUGUUUCCCAUGCCCAGCAGUUAGCGAUGCAGACGCUCAUACCCAAAAAGGAUCCCACCGUGGUUCACCUGGAUUCAUCAGUCAAUGAAGACCUACGUAACAAGUACAAAGUCAUGCAGGAUCUUUAUAAAGACACUGCGGGGGAUCUCCGAAAUUUGGAGAAGAAGGUUGAUGAGCUGGGCAGCAAUUUUGAGCAACUAAAGCGUGAUCCUCGACCCAAGUCGCUGACUCCAGCAGCAUCAAAUGAUGGAAACAACCCUCGAGGCUUCUCUCCUCGCAUGAAUGGCGACAACUACAACCACCACCCGGACCUAAAUGCAACUGUUCUCGGGAUUUUAGAACCCAAGAUGAAGGAAUAUGACAGGAAGUCCAAGGACAAAUUUUCAGAUAUCGCCACAAAGCUUGGUGCCUUCAUUGAUCAACAACGCCAGCGAAUGGAAGAGAACGAUAAGACCUACAAUUCCACAUUCGAUAGACAUCAGAAAUCCAUUGACGAAUUGGUUAUUGAACUGUUGCCACUGAAGGACAAGCAGGUCAAAGAACUUGAGGAUCUUUGGAAGGAGAUCAAUUCGCAAAAGAGUAUGAUCCAAACACAGAUGGCCGAUCUCGCUGUAACGCGGCAUCAAUUUCAGAACAAGUCCUCUGACGACGCGGGCCGUCUCGAUGACUUCGAGAUGCAGAUCUCCGACCUCAAGAUGUGGCAGGACAACUUCCGAUCAACGGAAAUGGUCAGAACCAUAACGAAUCAUAUUAGCAGCACGAUGCCGAAUAGUUCCCAUGCACAUAUUAAGGCCUUGUUCGAUCGAGUGGGUAGAGUGGAGAAGAUGGUAAUGGCUUCCAAUGACGGUGAUUCGUUCAAGAAGCGUAAGGUAUCCAGCGGCGCAGCCCUCGUGGUUAAUGGCACCCAAGAGCAGGCCGCGCAUGGUUAA